AGCGGGCGGUAACUCUUACAUAAUCUACAAACACACCAGUUUAUUGUACACUUGCUGUACCUAAAUAAAUCCUUCUCUAGGAAAUGCUUGUAGCCCUCCCAGGAAUUCUUUGACCUCUUCAAGUUUCAAAACCCUCCUGGGUGGUGAUCGAGAGGGGCUCGGGCAAGCAAAGAUGGACCUUGUAGCUAAGUUGCAGAGUCAGUUUAUUGAUUUAUCUAGCUCCAUGUAUCGUGAGGGUUUGUUAGACCAACAGUUUGCACAGCUUAAGAAACUGCAGGAUGAUAGCAACCCUGACUUCGUGCUUCAAGUGGUUUCUCUCUACUUUAACGAUUCUGAGAAGCUUCUGAAUAAUUUGGCCACUGCACUACAACAACAGAUUGUAGAUUUCAAACUGGUUGAUUCCCAUGUCCACAAGUUCAAGGGUAGCAGCUCUAGCAUAGGUGCACAGAGGGUGAGGAAUGUGUGUAUCAACUUGAAAACCUGCUGUGAAGUGAAGGACCUUAAUGGGUGUAUGGCGUGUCUGCAACAAUUGAAAUAUGAAUUUGAUCUUGUGAAGAGCAAACUUGAAACAUUGUUCAGGCUGGAGCAAAAAAUUGUGGCAGCUGGGGGAACAGUUCCGGUUAUGGGAUAAGUACAAACAAAUUCAUCUCCAAAACCUGUGAAGACAAAUUGAUUGGGAAGGUUGGUAUUGGUGAGUUUUUAUGAGUUAAGGUAGUUGACAGCCAAAUUGCUUUUGGGAUCCUGUUAGAUAUAGGUUUAAUGCCUUUGCAUUAAAAGGUUUGGCGAUGGUGUAAAUAAGAUUUUCUAUCCUACAACUUAUUUUCAUCA